CGGGCGCUCUGGGUGGCCGCAGCCAUGAAGCCGCAGCCGCCGGGCUAGGCCCCGGGCGGCUCCAGCCCCGGGCGGCCCGCGGAGGGCUGGGCCCAGCCCCCGGCUCCGGUUCCCGGGCCGGCGGGCGGCCGCUCACCAUGACCGGCAAGCACCAGCACUUCCAGGAACCCGAGGUCGGCUGCUGCGGGAAAUACUUCCUGUUUGGCUUCAACAUCGUCUUCUGGGUGCUGGGAGCCCUGUUCCUGGCCAUUGGUCUCUGGGCCUGGGGUGAGAAGGGUGUUCUCUCCAACAUCUCGGCGCUGACAGAUCUGGGAGGCCUUGACCCUGUGUGGCUGUUUGUAGUGGUAGGAGGCAUCAUGUCGGUGCUGGGCUUUGCCGGCUGCAUUGGGGCCCUCCGGGAGAACACCUUCCUGCUCAAGUUUUUCUCCGUGUUCCUUGGCCUCAUCUUCUUCCUGGAGUUGGCAACAGGGAUCCUGGCCUUCGUCUUCAAGGACUGGAUUCGAGACCAGCUCAACCUCUUCAUCAACAACAAUGUCAAGGCCUAUCGGGAUGACAUUGACCUCCAGAACCUCAUUGACUUUGCUCAGGAAUACUGGUCUUGCUGCGGAGCCCGAGGGCCCAACGACUGGAACCUCAAUAUCUACUUCAACUGCACUGACGUGAACCCGAGCCGGGAGCGCUGCGGGGUGCCCUUCUCCUGCUGCGUCAGGGACCCUGUGGAAGAUGUCCUCAACACUCAGUGUGGCUACGAUGUUCGGCUCAAACUGGAGCUGGAGCAGCAGGGCUUCAUCCACACCAAAGGCUGCGUGGGCCAGUUUGAAAAGUGGCUGCAGGACAACCUGAUCAUCGUGGCUGGGAUCUUUGUGGGCAUCGCCCUCCUCCAGAUCUUUGGUAUCUGCCUGGCCCAGAACCUCGUGAGUGACAUCAAGGCAGUGAAGGCCAACUGGAUCAAACAUGAUGAUGGCUACAGACUACUCAAAUAAACAAAACCUUGAAAACCACUGGCUUCCGCCCGGCAUCUUGAAGGUUCUGUCAGCUGCAGGUUCUCAGCAGAGCUCUCCAUCUUGGGCCCCAGCCUGGAGCCAUCCGCCAAUGUGUUUUCUUGGCCUGGGUAGUAUAUACAUUUGAGCCAACCUGUAAAACUUGGUGUAUUUCACAUAAAAGUCCAGACCCCCAGCUUCUUGUGAAGAUUGGCCAUCUGGCCACAGCAGCUCUUGGGACAUCGUCUCCUGGGACAUGUGCUUCCUGUUCUCUGAGGGACCCACCUGGCCUGUGCUGCUCACCCUGUAGGUUGGGGUUGGCCUCCCCACUGCUGUAGGGUUUUUCCCUGCAAACACUGCGAGGCUGCCGUGGGCUAAGCCUGGGGCGAGGCACCAGGAUGUGAAGAAUGGGGAGGCUGGACCCUGCCGUGAAGAGGCCACACAGCCUAGGAGGAGUCCAGCCACACUGGAGACUGAGAUGGGUGCUCAGGAGAGUGGCUGAGGGGUGGAAUGGAGAUCAGGAAUGUUUGGGGAAGGAAGUAGUUGGAAGUUGAAAACUUGGCACACAUGGGGUUGGGGGGAGCCUGCUUUGGGACCCACGGUGGUUGACGCGGGCUCACUUGGAAUCAAAUCGAAACUCUUCAUGGAGGCCUGCAGAGCUGCCUCAUGGCCACCAGAGGGCGCACCAGCAAGCUUUGCCUGGGUCUGGCUGCUUCGUCCACACCUCACUCUGGUACAGCCAAGUGCCUGGUGUGUCCACCCAGCUUACCAGUGCUUUGGGUUCAGGGAAUUUGAGAACUUUGAAAGGAGCAACUGGCUCAGACUUGUGAAGUCUGCUGCUCUCAGCUCUGCCUCUUAGCUGCAUGAAGGGGUGUGUGUAGAGUGACUGCCGCACCCAUCCCUAGGGUGCCCUUUGUGGAUAAAAGGGGGGAUUUGGGCUGGUUCACAGAUCUCUUACUCAGAUGCUCUUAAGGUUGUAUAAAUGAAUGAAGUAGGCCUUUGACUUGUGAGAUCUUUGCAGUGCAACUGACUUUCCUACUGUUCCUGAAGACUACACAGAGAGACAUUGCUUUAUGAUGAAAAAUAUUUGGACCAUCAAGUUGAUAAUGGCAGCUGACCUUGAGGUACAAUAGAGUGGUGGGGACUGGCAAAGCACAGGUCCCCAUCUGAAGUUGGUGGUUGUCAUUUAGUUGUGGCUAAUUGCUAUAAAGUGGGAAUGCAGAUCUAAUGUCAGAAAUCUGGAGAAGCCAGAGAUCCAGGCUUUUAUGUGAAAUAUUCCUAUUUUUAAGGUGUUGACAACUAAUGAAAAAAAAUGCUGCAAGCCCAACAAAAGAGGAGGGAGCCAGCUUUGGCCCCUGUGUCACUACGGUUCCCUCUGGGAUAAUCACCCAUUGGGGUCCUGGCUGCUGUGCCAUUCAGGGGUGCUGGGAGCUGCUGCCAGGAGGGGAGGGUGUGGGGUAUGCAACCAGCAUUGUAGCUCCCAGACACAGGCUGGACAGUGUCCUGGGGUCCCUGACAGGUACCAGUGGAGUACAAUAAAUGCAGCUCACAAUA